AUGGCCGCCAGCCCGUCUGCCUCCCCGGCUCCCACCGGCGCGCGCGUCCGGGACACCAUGUCCAGGCACUCAACGGUGCUCGUCAGGGGCACGCACCAGUUCAGCAUCGUCGGCUUCAGUCUACACCAGAGGGCCGGCGUCGGAAACUUCAUCCGAUCCGAUGCCUUUGAGGUCGGAGGUCACAGCUGGGCAAUCAGAUGCUACCCCGCCGGCAAUAGAGAGGAAGAAGAAGGGUACCUAUCACUGUACCUGGAGGUGUUGAGCACCCCUACUUUAGAGAAGACCACGGUGAAGUACAGCUUCGAGAUCAAUGGCCCUGCCGGAACUUCGCCGCUUCUUGCCCAGCCGUGCGCAUGGGACGACUUCACCACCGAUAACAUAUCAUGGGGGUACAAAAAGUAUGUCAAGGUAGAUUCUCUUGAUUCGCGGUACUUGAGGAACGACUGCCUCGUAGUGCGUUGCACCGUCGAGGUUCAGGAGUCGAAGACCGGAGCGACCACGUCCAGCUCCAUCACGGUGCCGCCCUCCGGUAUCCGCCAGGACCUCGCGCGGCUCCUGGACAGCAAGCGGGGGGCGGACGUGACCUUUCAGGUCGGCGGGAACGACUACGCCGCGCACAAGGCGGUGGUCGCGAUGCGGUCGCCGGUCUUCUGCGCUCAGUUCUUCGGGGCACUGGCGGACAAGCCCGGCAGCCGCCACGUGAGGAUCCACGACAUGAAACCCGCGGCCUUCGAGGCCGUGCUCCACUUCAUCUAUACGGACGCCUUGCCCCCUGUCUUCAAGGACGACUCGAAGCAGAGCCACAGAGAGAUGAUGUGCGACUGGCUUGCGGCGGCGGACCGGUACGGCCUGGAGAGGAUGAGGCUGCUGUGCGAGAGCGCGCUGCACGAGACCAUUGACGUGGAGAACGCCGCGUGGACGCUCGAGCUGGCGGACCGGCACCAUUGCCCACAGCUCAAGGCUUUCUGCGUGGAUUACAUCGUGUCUCCUGGUGUCCUGACGGAUGUGAUGGCAACCGAGGGGUACAAGCAGCUAAAGACGAAUUGCCCAUCUCUUCUUGUUGAUGUCCUGGAGAAAUUAACUUGGAAGUAG